CCGGAAGUAGGGCCUUGGUAUGCCCCGCCCUAGGCGGAAGCGGAAGCGUCGAUGUCUGAGGAAGCCCCUGGCGGACCGAGUCGGGGCCAGGGCUGCGCGGGGCCUGCCGGCGGGUGCCAUGGCACCGACACGGGCUAGGGUCGGCCUGGUCUUACGAGGACCCGGUAAGCUGUUGCUUAUUUAUCCUGCGACUCUACCUGAAUUCCUUUGAACCAUGGGGGAACACAGUCCUGAGAGUGUCAUCUAUUAUGAAGUGGAGGAAGAUGACUUGACACAGGAGGAUAAACCAUUAAGGUUUGUGGACAAGAAUGGCCUUGUCUCAUCUUUGUCACGGACGGUGUAUGACAGAACAACAGUCCUCAUUGAACAAGACCAAGGGUCACUGGAGGAAGAUGAAGAUGAAGGGCAGUGUGGUGAUCCUCUGCCUUUUCUACCUGAAGGUCAUGAGGACAGGUUUCAUUUGAUAGCGGACCAUGAAGGAAUGUCCCAGGGUUAUGUCCAGCACAUUAUUUCUCCGGAUCAGAUUCAUUUGACUAUCAAUCCUGGUUCAACUCCAAUGCCAAGAAACAUAGAAGGAGCCACCCUCACAUUGCAGUCAGAGUGCCCUGAGACUAAGCUUAAAGAAGUGAAACGCUACCAGUGCACCUUUGAGGGCUGUCCUCGUACCUACAGCACCGCAGGCAACCUGCGAACCCACCAGAAGACGCACCGAGGGGAAUACACCUUUGUGUGUAACCAAGAGGGCUGUGGAAAGGCUUUCCUGACCUCCUACAGUCUCAAAAUCCAUGUUCGUGUCCACACCAAGGAGAAACCUUUUGAGUGUGAUGUUCAAGGCUGUGAAAAAGCCUUUAAUACACUGUACAGGUUGAAAGCCCAUCAGAGGCUUCACACAGGGAAAACAUUCAACUGUGAAUCAGAGGGUUGCAGCAAGUACUUCACCACGCUCAGCGAUCUACGGAAACACAUUAGGACUCAUACGGGCGAGAAGCCCUUUAGGUGUGAUCAUGAUGGCUGUGGAAAAGCCUUUGCUGCAAGUCACCACCUGAAAACGCACGUCAGGACACACACAGGUGAGAGACCCUUCUUCUGUCCCAGCAAUGGUUGUGAGAAGACCUUCAGCACACAAUACAGCCUCAAGAGUCACAUGAAGGGGCAUGAGAAAGGGCCCUCCUACACUGUGCUUUCCAACAGCAACAUCUCUGAGGAUACAAACCACUCACUCUGCCUGAGUGACCUGAGCCUCAUGUCCACGGAUUCAGAAUUGCGGGAUAAUUCUAAUCCAAUGCAUGGACAAGACUUGAGCACCAUCUGCCCAGCCAGCAUUUUCGAGUCCAUGUUCCAGAGCCCAGAGCCUUCUACCACUCAGGAGGACUCUCAACAGACAGCCGCUUUGAUUGAAGGUGUCAGUGGUGAUGCAGACCCGGCCCCUGCCAGCCAGCCGUCAGCAGGAGAGGCGAGACCUGUAUCCCUGCCGCUCGUUCUGCAGCUUGGUAUCUCUGAUCCCACCCACCCUGCACCACCGCCUGCUGCCCCUGCCAGCCCUCCGCGAGAAGCGUACGGAACCCCUGCCACUCUCUUACAGACCCCAGAAGUGCCUGCUCCUAACAGCACAUUCUUUGCAGCAAACCCUCAGAACUUCCUGCAGCCUGUUCAGCCGCCUCUGCAGCCCCUUGGGACUGGACUUCCCAUUGUCACAGGUGCCCCCGCACAAGCCACACCAAGUGCUCCCGAGGUGCUGCCCAGUGGAGUUCAGACCAUGCCUCUGGGAGGGAAUUCGGUGCUGUCUGGCAGUCCGACUAUCACCAUCACCCCUUCGCAAAGUGCAGCCAUUCUGCAGUCCAGCAUCGUCAUGGGAGAGCAGAACCUCCAGUGGAUCCUUAACGGUGCCAGCAGGAUGUCCCAGAACCAAGAGCAAAUGCCACAGGCUCCAGUGGUGGAGAAUGUCUUCUUUACUGCUGCCUUGCCCGUUGCUGCUAAUGCAGGGAGCUCCAUGCAGCAGAUUGGCCUGAGCGUACCCGUGAUCAUCAUCAAGCAAGAGGAAGCCUGCCAGUGCCAGUGUGCCUGCCGGGACAUGGGCAAGGAGAAAGCCAGCAGCAACAGGAAGAACUGUUCCUCCUCUGACGCCAAGCCUUCAGGGGAGCCUCCUGCACCAGGGCCUCACCCUCAGCCCUUCCCUGUGGCCCCUGCUGCCGCCCCCUCUGCUGCUGCCCUCUCUUCCACGUUGCCUCCUUCCUGCGAGCAGAGCGCUCUGGCGGGGAAGCCGUCAGGCUCGCAGACCCAAUCCCUAAGUGCCAUGGAUGUUUCCGACUUCCUCUCCCUCCAGAGCCGUGAGGCCCCCUCGCCGCUGAUCCCCCCCGAAGCCCUGCUGCAGGGGGAGGAAGAGCUUGCCCUUGGCAGCAGCUUCCCCAAGUGACGCCCUCCUGAGCCCGAGGGAAGGUUCAGCAAGAGCCUGCUGUGUUCCCUGGCCAUUGAGUCCUGUCCUUAGGAGAAAAGGCCUGUCCGGAGAAAAAGGGCAAAGAUGCAUCCGGACCUCCGGGCCGCUCGCUCUGUCUCGCCCCCUUCCGCUCCUUGUGGACGAACAGGGGAACUGGAGUCGUGUGGAGAGGGCUGCUGGGGCUGGCGCUGCCUACUUGCACAUAGCUUGGUGGAAGUUGGGGAGUGGUGCGGGCAGCAAGUUGAAGUCCUUGUUACAGUCCUCUGUGGAGUGUGCACUAUUAAGGGGGCGGUGAGGGAAAUCGCAAGGUGGACUCCCAUUCAAGAGGCAACUGCACUUUUCAAGAUGGUGUCACCAACUUUCACGGCCAGGGAGGAAGAGAGCUUGCUCUCCUUCCCAAAGGAGUUUUCCCCUCUGCUUGGAAGGUCUAGAAGUCUAAGCGAGGCACAUCUCAGAGUUUGCACUGGAGUAAAACGCUCUGUAGAGGCAGCCAGGUCUUCAGACUCUCUCUCUUUCUCUCCUGCUUGGUAGUCAAGUGCCACUCUCAGGAGCAGCGGCCGGGGUGUUUACACAGACAUGGGUGGCUCAUUUGCACUGUUUCAGCUUUAUCAGAACCACUUGCCCAGCACAGCUGCUUUGCAGUGUAGCAAACACAGCCAUAGGAGUUCCGCAGGUUUCUCUUUCUGUAGGUGGGCAGUUUUGGCUGUGGAAGGCUGUCUGUCCUUCAAGUGGUCAUUGCUCUUGUCACAUAGGAAUUGUCCAGCCAGUUGGGGGAAAGCCCUCUUUGGUGAUGCUGCCCAGCCCUUGGACAAGCAAAUGCCAGUCUCUCUCCAGGAAGCAGUAGGCAUCGUUGGCUUCCCAGACAAUUCCUCUGGGCUGUCAGGCAGUUCCAUUCCUGCCCAAUUUUGCCCUUGGCACGCUGCUGUGGAAAUGGCAUCCUCCUUUCCUUCUAACUUAACUCAGGGUAAAAUCGUAAUACAGAUUCCCUUCACGCCAAAGCCUGUACUGUUCUGGGAAGCGUCCUCUCCUUUUCUAGCAUUCUAAUGAUAUCCUGUCACUUUUAUGAAGUAGGUGCCAUUUUGAGGGUUCUGCCCAACUGUGUCUGGAUUUGUAGCUAAGUCGUUUUCUGUUCUAGGGGCUUUGCAUGCAGAAUAGUUUGACAGAAGGUGGCUACUGGGCAGCUUCUUGCAUACUGAGGGGCAAAUGAUAUUGGCCGCUCCAGGAAGCUCCGGGCAGACUUGGGACUUCCUUAAGCCUUCUCUGGAAUUUGUCCUGGUGUAGGAAAGAUGAGGCUAGUAACCUCCACCCCUAGCAGCCUGGGGUGGGCAGGUUCCACUGACAGUCAUUAGAGCCAGCUGUUAAGAAGGGGCUUAAGCAUUUUGGUAGGUCUGAGCCAGCCUUGGGGAGGGGAAGAGAUUGUCUGCACUACAAGAGCAGAUUCUGGCUCUUAGAGUGCUUUCACACACUGCAUAUAAUGCACUUUCAGUCCACUUUCUGUGUACUUUGCAAACAGUUUUCACCGUAUGAGAUUGCAAAAUUUACUUGCCAACAAUUUGCAAGAGCAUUGAAUAUAGUGCAUUAUUCAUUGUGUGUGAAAGUGCCUUCUAGGGUGCUUUCACACAUGCUGAAAAAUUCACUUGACUUUCCAUGCACUUUAGCAAUCAUUUGCAAGUGGGUUUUUCUGUUUCACACGAUGAAAUCCAGUGGCAAAGUGCCUUGGAAGUGGAUUGAAUGUGCAUUAUUCAGCAUGCAUGAAUGUGCCCUCUUUUUUUUUUAGCGUAGGAAAGGACAGCCUGGGCUGCACAAGGCUGUCUCGAAGUGUUGCUUAACUCAAGCUAGAUUAUAGCACAGCAGAGAGGGCAAUCCUUGGCCUGGAAAUGGCUGGGCUGCAUUGGUUGGCUUGGAGUCUCGCAUGACACAGCACAGAGGUGGAGAUCUUUUCCUCUGGCCUUGCUGCGAUCUGCUGUUGGUUUUUCAAGAGGUCUCCUCUGUCCCCCAGCUACAGCAGAAUUGGGUCCAACCUUUCAGCUACGCAGCUGCUAGCUGUACUGCCUCCUUUGGCAGGUAGUCAGAGGCUUGGGGCAGCAGAGCGGCAGAUGUUCACAAGCUCUGCGUUGCUGCUGUUGCUGUGGUUAGGCCUCUCUGGUGGUGGAAAGCAGAGCAACUGUUGGGGAAGUUCUUUUAACAUUCUCUUCUGCUCCUUUUGGUUUAUUUAUUAUUAAAUUGAACUCAAACCAUCACUUUGAGAAUUGCCAUCUCCUUCCCAAGAGUGGGUGAGGCUUGGUGUAGCUGGAGGGCUUGGUUGGGUGCAGGGAGAGGCCCCCGCACUGGGCUGUCAGGGAUUGGGUUUUCCACCUUUUCAUAGGUUUGCCUGUUUGGAAUAGCUGCUGGGAGCCUGCUGAUGAGCACAGAUGCUGCCACCACCUGACACAUUUAGGGGGCCUGACUGACCUUGCAGCUCUGCUGGGCACCCUGGGCUGGGUGAUUUGGUUGUGCUGAGAACCCUGGGCAGGAAUAGCAUCAUGCUGGAGGGACUGUUUUUGGAAUCUGCUGCAUUUGCUGGAAGCUGCUAAUGGGAGCCUAGAGAAGGAAAGUGACUUUGCUAGGGCUGCUCCAUUUACACAGACCUGCUGGGCGAUAUAAUGCACUUUAGUUUUCUUUAAAACCGACUGCUGCAAUUUUCAUUUGUAAAUAUUUUCCAGAAAGUUUUCCCCUCCCUCCUCUCUCUUUUCCUCCCCUGUCUGACUAAAAGUUUAAUGUGGUUGUGCAAAAAGAAGAGCACUUAACCUCAGUGCAAUACGUGUAUCUAGAAAUCGCAUUCACAUGCACUUCAGGUGUUUGUGUGACUGCACAUGUGUAAGAUGGAUGAAAUUGGUGUAGGAAUCAGCUCAGUGGUGUGCACUCUGCCCCCUUCUGAUUUAUGCAUUCUUAAGCAAAUGUCCAGUCUAUGCAAAAAAAAAAGGAGAUUCAACUAUAUGGAAUCAGGCUGGGGUCACUCACAUUUUCUGAGGUGACUCUGGCCACCAGAGAUACAGAAUCUAGUUUGAUACAUCUGCCUUCCUCUUUUAAAAGCCUCCCAGAGAGGAAGGGGCCAGAGGGGAAGGGAAGAAUGCUGUCUUUCAUUGCGUUUGUAGCACCUUCCGCUCUUCUGGGUAUUAUAUUCUGGCUUGGCUUCACUGCGAGGGAUUCUCCAUCCAAAAUGGCAAAAUCCUUCAAAGAGUUUGCAGUCCCUUCUGGCGUCUUCUCACAAACAUGCCAGAGGUUGAUCCAUAAGGGACCGAAAUAAACCCAACAAAAGGAGUUUUCAUUUGGCAGACAUAGAGGAGAUGCCAAUCAUUUCACUGAACAGCUCCCUCUUCUUUGCAACACUUCCCCACCACAAAAGUCUCUUGGUUAUUCGGUCAAUUGGGCUGGGAAGUAGAUACUCCUUACUCUGGGUCACAGGUGUUUAAAGGGGGCAUUUUUGGGGGGGGGGGUUUAACCUCUUUUGCAAGUGGUCUCCAGAUUUUUCACAAGUGUCCUCUGUAGUUGGGGACAGGGCUAACCUUUCAACUUUUGCAUCUCAUCCUGCUGUUUCUAGGGUUUGGACUCUGAUUCUGCAUUGCGAAAUGCCAAGGAAACUGGAUUGUUAUGUGAGGCACACGGGGUCCAUGUGUGCUUAUUUGUGAAAACUGUUUUACAGUGGGGUGCACACUGGCCAAAAAAAGAGAGAAAGGUUUCUAUGCAGGAGACACUUUCAGAUUUCUACUUAACACCCUCCCCUUUGUUUUGCUGUUUUCUCCCUUCCUUCAGUCUUCCCCUACUAAAGCCUUGGGGAGGUCUUCAUAUGAGAGGACAGGACUGUCUAUUAACUGAAAUGGCUCCUUUCUUUGCUUUGCCUCUGUUGUCUCUUCCCAUCCAUUAAGAUACUGAAACUCUUUAUGCAGGGAAAGAGGAACUGCCAUUCUCUUCAGCGCUGUCUAGAAAAGCUGGGAGUGUGGUGCUAAGGCCAGAUGUAGUGCCUUAGAGUGGAUUUUGGGUUUCCCUUUCAACUAGCUUGGGGCAUGUAAGAGAGAGAGGUUGCCUUGUCUUUGGAAGACAGUCAUGGAUAUUUGCCUGUUCUCAGUGUGCAGGGAGAUGACAACAGUUGUUAUCCCCCACCCCAGAAGCAAGAGCUGGAGGGCAAAGUUGGGGAAGAAAACCCAUGAUUGCUGUCACACUAGAGUGGGGAACUGGGGACCCCCGAAGUCCAUAAGAUACCUUACAAGGGACUUUGGUUGCACCCAUUUCCAGCCUGGAUCUAAGUGGGUGACCUGCAGACCGAGCACAUCUCUGGCUCCCUCCCUGACAAAGAGGCCCAGAAUUUAGUCUCCUGCUGCCUGCAUCUCCAGACAGACGCUAGCAAUGGAGAUGAUUUGAGGUCAGCUUCUCUCAGGAGUUGUAUGUAUUGUGUUUAAACAAACUUAAUUUAACUCUGAACAUGGGAACAAAUGUCCUUGCAUUGAGUGAUGUGAAGAUGUUAGUUACAGGUACAGUACUUCCAAAGGAAGAGUCUCUCCCAAACCCCCCAGAAGUGUAAAAAAUGAAUUUGUAUUUUUGAAGAAUGUAAAAUGUGAAAUAACAGUGUUUGCUUAAAACUACUCGAUUUUGUAUAAAACAUUAAUAUUGUACUUUGCAAUACCUGCAAGGAAGUGAAAAUUAAUUUUUUUUAAAUUGAAAGCAAUAUUAAUACGAAUGGAAUCCUAAUUAAACGCUUAUUUAAACCUGG